AUGACCGCUGGAUCGGGAGCCGGCGUCCAUGCCAAGAAUAGCCAGAUAUCGGCGGUCGAGCUCGUUUCCGUGCGCGUGUCGUACGCGGAGGGUACCGUGCUUGGGCUCAACUGGUACGACGGCGACUAUAAUUGUUGGGAGGGCGGCCCGUGCUACGUACACCAGGCGAUUGAUCUCGGGACGCUGGCCGCCGGCGAGACGAAGACCGCCUCCAUGAACCUGGGGGCCACGCUGUUUGCGUACAAGGGGAACGUUUGCGUCAAGCGCGCCGUGAUCGUCGAGGAGGGCCAGCACGUCCAGAUAAGCGCCGCCGACGUGCGGACCUUCAGCGUCGAUGAGAAGGUAACGCCUGUGUGGAAAUCAAAUUUCGCGGCGCUUCUCGUCUACGGCUAGACCAUGACCUCCACGCCAUCGACGCGAUGCCUGCUCGAUGGCAUGGCAAUGCCGGUUCCUCGCCGCUACGGCCGCGCCAUCGCCGAGAAAUGACUUAGUGAAGAAUUAUCGGGUGCACCCGACGCACUGUUGAUUUCCACACAGGUCAACGCGAUGUGGCAGGGCAAGAGGCAGCUCUACCCGGCGACCGUGAAGGCCUUCCACUCCUACGAAAAUUCCUAUGAUUUGGAUUACGAAGACGGGGACUCGGAAACAAGGGUGCCGGCGCGCCUCAUUCGGCCGCUCGCGACGGCUGCACCGCGCGACCUGAUACCGACGCCGCUGACGACGACGUCCCAGGCCCCGCCGCCCGCGGACCUAGAGACGGGCGGGGAGCUCUAG